AUGGUGGCAGCAGCGCGAGGAGGAGCGGCAGACGCGGAAGCGUCGUCGUCGAUCAAAUACGAAGCGAUGUUCGAAACUAUCGACGUGGAUCCAGACGGGAAAAAAUUCGACCGAGUGAGUCGAUUCGUCUGCCGAUCGACGCCGUACGGGGACAGCGAACUCACUUUAGACGUGAACGUGGACGUGUACCCGAUCGAAGUCGGGACGAAGUUUACCUUGGUGUUAGCGUCGACGUUGAAUACGGACGGAAGUCCGGAAGAUCCAACCACGUUCGAUCAAUCGAGAAACAAAGAAACCUUAGCCGACGAGUACGAAUACGUCACGCACGGGAAGUGCUAUAAAAAGACGGAACCGAACGAAGACGUUUCAAACGGAACAGAGAAGACGGCGACGUACAUUUCUUUCGGAGGGUUGUUGGCGUGCGUGAAAACGGACGCGAAGGCGAUGAGCGAAGUGGACGUUGACGAUCGCGUGUAUUGCUUGAUGAGGAAGAUUGCUUAA